CAUCCUCCUUGGUAGUUGGGAUAAUGGCUGGUAGAUGAGAUGAGCGGAGGGGCCACAUCUUUUGAGUGUGAGGCGCCUUCGUCGAAAGGGCCGUUAACUCGGGUGGUGCCAAGUUAAAAUGGUCACUAUCCGACCCGAAAAGCACCCCGAAAUUGUUGUAUAUACUGCGAACAUCGUCCGUAAAGUUGCACCCACUGUAAACAUCCUGUCCUAGUGGUCAGUUCUGUCUGCGGAUCAGAGUUACAGCUGAGGCCAUGGCAGUGAAGGACCGUGUAGAGGCAGUACUCAAUGUGGGUCUGCGAGUUCCCAGCAUCAUGCUUUUGGACGUCUUGUACCGUUGGGACGUCAGCUCCUUCUUCCAGAAGAUCCAGCGCUCCAGCCUCUCCAACAAUCCCCUCUUUCAAUACAAAUACUUGGCACUUUACCUGCACUACGUAGGUUACAUUCUGAGCUUGGUUCUUUUGACUCUGCCUCGUCAGCACCUGGUUAAGCUCUACCUGUAUGUCCUCACGGCCUUACUGUUGUAUGCUGGUCACCAAGUUUCAAGGGAUUAUGUUCGCAGUGAAUUGGAGUCUGGCCAUGAAGGACCUGUCUACCUGGAACCCCUUUCAAUGAACAGAUUCACCACUGCACUCAUAGGUCAGCUGGUGGUGUGUACGCUGUGUUCCUGUGUGAUGCAGACUAAGAGGAUUUGGCUUUUCUCUGCUCACCUCCUCCCUCUGGUGGCCAGACUGUGUCUCGUCCCACUGGAGACUAUUGUCUUUAUUAAUAAGUUCUCCAUGAUCUUCACUGGCCUAGAGGUCAUUUACUUCCUGGCUUCUAACUUACUGGUUCCAUAUAACCUGGCUAAGACUGCAUACAGGGAGCUAGCUCAGGUGGUUGAAGUUUACGGCCUUCUAGCUUUAGGUAUGUCUCUGUGGAACCAGCUGGUCCUACCAGUCCUUUUUAUGUGUUUCUGGCUGCUGCUGUUCGCGCUGCAGAUCUACUCAUACUUCAGCACCAGAGACCAGCCUACCUCAAGGGAGAGACUCCUUUUCCUCUUUCUUACCAGUAUUGCAGAAUGUUGUAGUACACCCUACUCCCUAUUAGGUCUGGUUUUCACAGUCUCAUUCAUCGCUUUGGGAGUCCUUACACUCUGCAAGUUCUAUCUGCAAGGCUAUAGGGCCUUUAUGAACGACAACACCAUGCACAGGGGAAUGACAGAAGGCAUCACUCUGCUAAUCCUUGCUGUCCAGACUGGCCUCAUUGAGCUGCAGGUCAUCCACCGAGCCUUCCUGCUUUCUAUCAUCCUCUUUAUUGUUGUUGCUUCUAUCCUGCAGUCCAUGUUAGAGAUAGCAGACCCAAUAGUCCUGGCCCUUGGAGCAUCUAGAGACAAGAGUUUGUGGAAGCACUUCCGAGCGGUGUCUCUGUGUUUGUUUCUUCUGAUCUUUCCAGCCUACAUGGCUUAUAUGAUUUGUCAGUUCUUCCACAUGGACUUCUGGCUUCUAAUCAUCAUAUCUUCAUCCAUUCUCACCUCGCUACAGGUUCUUGGAACUCUUCUCAUCUACAUUCUGUUUAUGGUGGAAGAGUUUCGUAAAGCACCCGUUGAGAACAUGGACGAAGUUAUCUACUGUGUCAAUGGGACCUAUCGGUUGCUGGAAUUCCUGGUCGCAGUGUGUGUUGUGUGCUACGGCGUGUCAGAGACUGUGUUUGGGGAGUGGAGUGUGAUGGGCAGCACCAUCAUCCUGGUCCACUCGUACUAUAAUGUCUGGCUCCGAGCCCAGCUGGGUUGGCAGAGCUUUCUGCUCAGGAGAGAUGCUGUAAACAAGAUCAAAAGCCUCCCCACAGCAAGCAACACACAGCUGGAACAGUACAACGACAUCUGUGCUAUCUGCUACCAGGAUAUGAACAAUGCUGUAAUCACCCCUUGCAGUCACUUUUUCCACGCUGGCUGUCUGAAGAAAUGGCUUUAUGUGCAGGAGACAUGUCCUCUGUGCCACUCACAGCUUAAGAGCCCAUCGCCAACCACGGGUGUCCCCAACCAAGACACCCCUCCAGCCAAUCAGAGCCCUGCAGGACAGGAAGCAGCCACACCCAGUGAGGAGCAGAAACAUGAUGGGGGUGAAGAUGGAGACGUGAAGCAGCAGAGAGAGAAUGCACCUGCCGUGUCAGGAGAAAGCUCUUCUUGCAGUGUAUCCACUGCUCCACACCCCCUUGUCAAGACUUCUUCAUCGUCACCACCAUCACCUCCCUCACUUGAAACUGAUUCUCUCCAAAUCCAGUCACACACAGAUCCUCUCUGCUCUUCAAUCUCCACUUCAAGUGACACAAUGGACAUGCCCCUGUCACCUCCAGCUUUUUCGCACCCCUCCACCUCUUCGGUUUCUCACCAGUCGGCCUCAAAGCAACUUAUCAAAGCAGAAACGCCCUCUGUUGGACCUGAGCCUGCUCCAGCCUCCCCACUAGAUAGCAAGGAGUCAUCUGGGGGUUCACCAUCACAGCCUGACCAGGCCACUCCUCCUCCUGAGGAACAGUCUACUCUUCCAUGCAACCACUGAUUCCCAUGAAACCACAUCAUACAUGCAUGCACAUAUAAAUACUCUAAUCAGCCUAUAUCCUACUUGUCCAGCAGUUGACUCUCAUUAGAUUCAAUUCCAGACCUACACGUAUCCAUUUUGUCAUAACAAAACGAGAAUUUAAAUGGAUCCCUCAUCUGAGGAAAAGGUAGACAUUCAGCCUCAUGAAGCUUUGCCAUUUUUCGGCAUUUCUCUUGGAAAGGUUCUAUCUGAAUAUGUCUCACGAGGAGUUCAACUCAUGCCAGCAAAAGAUUUCAUCAGGGUGCGCUUUUUGUUCUUUUUGUUCAACACAUAAUGGUAAAGCAACCUCAUCUCAAAAUCAACUGGGGAUUUCACAUGUCCAUGAAAUGUGAACUCAUGACUGAAACUGAUGUCUCUCAUCACUCACUUAUGCUCUUUGAGAUUUUUUUUUACAUACGGUGACAGUUCUAAAACUAGCUUUUGUCCUUUCAUUUCAGUUCCAGACAUUUCAAGUGAUAGUUGCUCCCAUUCUGCCUUUAUUUGUGCAGAUUAUUGCUGUCAUUUGGUGGUGUGUUGCGUUUUCUGAGGUCGUGGAUGUGCCAUGAUCUCAUGGCGAGUGGGUUAGAGGCUUGAAGGGUUUUGAUAAGUGAUUUUUAAACCAUGAUAAAGUCUUAGCAUUUCUUCAAGUGGUCUGGGUGCUUUGGUUUUUAUAGGUUGAUAGUUAUGUGUGUUGGUGAACACGGCGCAUUAGCACACAGAAUGUUGUUUCGAGGCCAUUGCAUGACCUGAAGCCUGGUGCUGAGCAGAGAAACAUGGUGAGGCCUAGUGAAGUGAGCAAAUCAUGGAUUUCAUAUGAAAUAACUAACUCAUUUCAUGUGUUAAGCUUUCUCUAUUAUACUGCUUCAGUGUUUGAAUCAAUCUUGUUUGGCUGGUCCCAGCAAAAACUGUUGUCCUCCCUAUCGCCAAAACUUUUGUAUUACUGUUACAGAGAUGUUAUUUUUAAGGCAAUUUUUACAUUACUGCUUUAUUGGAUAAUGCCGAUGGGCUGUAAACGACGAGGAGAAGGACGCGGGAGGUAAAUGUGUAUUUGUAUUUGAAAUGUAAAAAUGUGAAGUGUAACUUUGCCCACAGAGCCGGCCGGGAGCCCAAGUUGUGUCGUUGGCUCCACUUUAUUCAUGGUACUCAUCCUCCCACACUGAGCUGAUUCACAAAUGCAGUGAAACACUUCAGCCCAAAGCUUUGUCGUCAGACGUCUGACUACAGGAGCAUUAAUCGCCCCCCUUCGUCGCACCACAUCAACCCCUCUGUGUUUCCAAGCCCGUCAUUAUAAUCCUGCUGCUCUGUCACUUCACGAAAUGUUCCUACCAGCAAUCCGAGCUCUUUAUAGCUUUGUUCACACGCGCUCGGUCAGUUCGUAUACUUAGCAAAAGAACCCGGACUCAGAAGUGUGUGUAAACGUCUGAGCGUUUAUUGAUUCAAACCUAAGAAUGCUUCGUCCUGAUGCACGCUUCCCAUGUAGAGCUUGCUCGCUGUCACUCGUACCAUAGCAUUUAUUCGUUUACCCUAAGUGUGCUCUAACCUUGCUGCAAAUGCUUUUCUUUUACGUUUGCACUAAUGCCAUUUAUAUUAGCAAUGCUCCAAAGCUGUUCUGUGGCUGUCGGCAACCAAAUACCCUCUGAUGUGUUUGUGUAUGAAGAAACAGCCCAAUCUUUGUGUGUAAUUUAUAUAAUGUCGCUCUGUAUGGCACCUAUAUUAAACCAGAGGAGUGUGGAUAUAUGAAUAAGAUCAGGGUUUGGGUUCUCUAAAGCUUCUCAGUGGUUCAAUGUUCUUUGCUCCUCGUGCCCAUGAACAGAGGGGAAGCUUUUGGGAAACGAUGCCUUGAUCUGAAACCAGCCGGUGUUUAUGCGUCUCCAGUCUGUAUGACGCGUCCUCAAGCUGGUGUGAUCGCUCCCAUGCGCUGUACUGUUAGGAGUGGGAUCAGCGUGACGCAGACGGACAGGAGACGCGCUCUCAACAGUAUUACUUACGACCACUAUUACGAAAGGUGUUAUUGCUAUGAAUGACUUUGUUCUUGACAUUGGACGUUGGCUGCAGGGCUGAAAAUGAAUACAUGAACCAUGUAGGAUCAAACCUGGCCAACGCCUUGUUUUCUUUUUGUUUGUUUUUUUUUAGACAUGAAAUGUAGAGUUUGAUGUAUUUUGCACAUGUUCCUCUGAAAGGUGAACAUGAGGACUGCCUGUGUUCUCAAAUGACUCCUCAUUUUAUUAUCGGUUCCGUUCCCUGAAGCAAAGUGUUACUGUUGUUUCAUACACAUUAGGGUUUUUUUUUUUGUGUGUAAAGCAUUUGAAUUGUGUCAUGCAAAGGGAUCUCCUGCAUGAUAAAAUGUCAAGUGUAUCACUGGCAACGUUAUGCAACUGGCAGAAACAUCAGCUGUUAAUUCUACAUGUAUUUGUAUAGUUUAUACUUGUUUGUACAUGUUAGAGAUCUGUAGUUGAUGCUGACUCUCACCACUAUGAACUGAGGUUUUCUUUUCUGGGAAUAAUUUAAACUCGAUAUUUAAUAUUUUUUAGGCUACAAAAACCAUUUUAUAGUGUAGCAACUAUAGAAAGCAGAUAAAUGUGUUGUAUUUUAAAACUUUAAACAAUUUUCAUUUAAGUGCACGUCUAGAAUUUCAGCCAUGGACUUGACUUCAUGAAAAACGCAUCAGUGACUGAGGACAUUUGUCAAAUUCUGUGUAAAAUAUACUAAAGUACAUUUUAUUCAGUCCAUAGACCUGCUCAUUUGAGUUAAUAUCUUAUUGGUCUGAGUGACACAAACAAGCCUCUGUUCUGCUCUAGUUUUUCUUUUCUCAAUUGAAUUUGGCUGAGCUGAAGAAACGUGAUGGGACGUUUGAAGUCAGUCUCUUUUCUGAAAUCUAGAAGUGUCUGAAACUCGGUUUAUCAAAGUCUUUUGCAAAGUGAUUACUCUGAUGACCAUGUGAGCGAAUAUAGUAAUGGAAUGAGUAGCUGCCAUGGAGCAUUCAUGUUUACGUUCUGAUUUCACUUUAAAUCCUCAUUUGAGAACAGUUGGCACCGUUGCCUUUGACUGACAGGUGUGUUGGUAUUUACCUCAAACUGCCUGAUCAGGUUCAGGAUAUGAAGCGUUCCUUUUGUUCUGCUUAGGUUAUUUCACUCUCUGUAGAACCCGACUCUGAUGCCAGUUGCUUUCACUUGAACUGCUCCAUGGUUGGCUUUGGAAUUUAUGCUUGUUAUUGCCUUGGUUCUUUACAAACAUGAAUGUCAGAAAUAAAAGGAACCAUCUGCUCUGGA